AAUACAAAGCAACAACAGACGCUAUCCUCACAGACUUCUUAAAAACAGAGUCAGUCAUUUUUGUCCGGGUUGAAUCUCGCCGCGAAUAAGACUUGGUUUUCAUGUAAGACGCCCCUAAGUUCAGAAUAUCAACGUGGGAAAUCGGAAAAAUAUGGAAAUUUUGCAGCUUUCGUUUAAACUUGGUCAGCGGGGUUCUGUUAGCCAUGCGCAACUCACGCAUAAAUCAAAAUGGCCGCCGAGUCACGUUGGUGGUAGUUCAAAUAGUUUUUCUUCUGAAGCCCUUCCUCCUCAACAUGUGCAGUGUGCAAGAGGAAGAUUUAGAAAACGUCCCAUCUGAGCUACAAAACAAGCCGUGUAAAGAAAAAAAUCGCGAUGGGAGAACAUGUAUGAAAUGCUCGGCUAGCCCGGCGGCUGUGGUCGUUCGACUCAAUGAUCCGCUCUGUAAGUCGUGUUUUCUUGCGUAUUUCACGCACAAAUUCCGUGCAACUAUCGGAAAAUCACGUGCGAUUAAGGCCGGGGAAAAGGUUUUACUUGCAUUUUCUGGAGGUCCGUCUUCUAGUGCUAUGUUGCAUUUAGUUUGUGAGGGUUUAAGCAACACAGCGGUCAAAAAGCUUCGAUUUGAACCCGGAAUAGCGUUUAUAGACGAAGGAGAAGUUCUUAAACAAAGUAAAGAAGAGCGAGUAAAUUACAUCGAACACAUUCGAGAUGUAGCCAUAAGGUCAAAAUUUCCGUUCCAUCAGUUAAAGUUGGAAGACAUUUUUUCUCCAGGACAAAUCAUGCAAGAUGAUGCAAUGUGUUGCUACAAGGUUGAAGGAGACCAGACCAGAACUCAUCAAGCAGAAAAAUUGAAAAAUCUGUUUGAUGCAACAUCAUCAAUGACAGCAAAGGAAGACUUGCUAAGAACUCUGCGUUGCAAGCUUCUUCUUGCAACUGCCAGAAAUGUAGGUUAUUCCAAGAUAAUGUUUGCAGACUGUGCCUCAAGGAUUUCAGUUCGCUUGUUAUCAGACAUAUCUCAAGGGAGGGGUGGUGAUUUGCCAUACGACACUGGCUUCAGUGAUGACCGCCAUGGUGAUGUUCUCUUCGUAAGACCCAUGCGAGAGUUUAUGACCAAGGAGAUUGCACUUUACAACUUCUUCAACAAUGUCGAAACUGUGUUGAUACCCACACUGGGAACAAUGACUCAUUCACAUGCCAGUAUUGACCGUUUAACAGAAGAUUUUGUUAGUGGUCUCCAGGCUGAUUUUCCGUUCACUGUCAGUACAAUCUUCAGGACUGGCGACAAGUUGUCUGUUAAGGAAGUUUCUGAAGAUGUAGCAGCUUGUGCUCUUUGUGGAGUUCCAAUGAAUGUGAACCCAACCCUCCUGUCUGCUCUGACAGACAGUGUGAGUUCUGUCAAGCUUGACACUGAUGAUAAAAACACUCCCCAGUCUGCUAGUGAUUGUUGUGGCGGUUGUGGCAGUGGAUGUUUGUCUUCAUCUUCUGAGCAGGUGUUGACCAAAGAAAACAUCCUUGAUACAUUUUGUUACGGUUGCCGGCUCACGUUUAAAGAUUCAAAGUUCACUGUGAGUGAUCUGCCCUCUUCUGUGCAGGAAGCAGCAACGAAAGUUCAUCACAGGGCCCAGAUGAAAGAACAGAUCAAAGAUUUCUUGUUGGAUGAAUGAUAAUGUUUUGAAUAUAAUAAUAACAAGCACACUGUCAAUAUUGUUAUUAAAAUAUAUUUUACUUUAUUCAAUUAAAAAAAAGUGUUAAUUCCCAAUGAAUUCAAAGUUGGUGAUGGUUGCCACUGUUCAGACAAUGUGCUUUUUCUUAUGUGCUGUGCUUGCAUGUACAAAGGCAAGUUUUGUGGUGAAAUGUGAUUAAAAGUAAUGUUCAGACCAAGGGCUUGUUUUACAUUU